AUGGCAGAAUUGCGUAUCUUACUGGUUAUUCUGAUUCCUGCCCCAUUCGAAAUGCCCCUUCUUUCUCUACCAAACGAGCUGCUGCUGUUGAUUGGCGAGUAUAUUGCCUCUGAAGCCGACCUCAACUCCUUCCUGCGCACAAACCACCGUCUACACGACUUGCUCUUGGAUUAUCUCUACCAGUACAAUAUCAAGCAUCAUAACAGCGAAUGUCUUCACUGGGCAGCGGAGCAUGGUAUCCUUGGCACAUUGAAGAAAGCAAUCAACCAAGGAGCCAACGUCAACGCGGGUAUAAACCUUAUACACCGUGUCUCAGAAAAGGGGUUCUUUAUAGACUCCAAGAUGACCCCGUUAUCCCGAGCAGCAGCGAAAGGACACAAGGGGCUUGUCAGUGCCCUGCUGGACGCGGGAGCUGAUGUUGAGGCUAAACGGGGACAAUUCCCAAAUAUCGCACCAAUAGUGCACGCAAUGGAUGCUGAACAAGGAUCGUUGGAGACAAUUCAAAUCCUGAUAAACCACGGCGCAGACGUUAACAGAAAUGGUGAUUAUGCGGAGGCCCCGUUAUUGCGGGUAGUGGAGAAGGGCAAGGUGGAAAUCGCCGAUCCGAAUAAGCGGAACGGACCCCAAAGCCCUCUCGAUAGAGCGGAGGCCCACAAUGACCAGGCACUGAUCAAACUGCUCAGGGAUUAUGGCGGCAUGACAUACGACGAAAUGUGGGCAGUUCAAGACUCUUGA